AUGUACCAUGUGCUCAUCCACAGGUGGCGCCUGGAGUAUUUCCGGAGAGUGACAGCAGUGGGGUACUCGUGUGUGGUGUUUGGGUGGAUGACGGUGCUGUCUGUGCGCCGCCCCGCCAUCACGCUCUCGGUGUUUGGGCUCAUCAAGCUGCCCGUGUCGCUCGCCCCGUUUGAGUCCCUCAUCUUCACGUCCUUCAUCGUUCCAAAGGCAAGCUUCGUGGGUCAUCUUGCAGGCAUCAUUGCUGGCUAUCUCCUUUCCUGGGGAGCCUUGAAGGGAGGGGUGUACGGCGCGGUGCUGGGCAUUCUAGGAUACUAUUCCAAGGAGAGUGAGUUGAUCCGCGGCGCGAACGCGCUCUACAGGGCGGUGACGCGUCAGGCUGACGACGAGACGUUCUUAAGAGGUGGGCUGUGGUUAUGCCACCCGGUUAUCCUGAUUCUUCAGAUCAAAGCUCGUCACUUGAAUCUUGACCGCCUAUUACUUAACUCCUCCACCCAACUCCCAUUCCCUCUCCCCGACGACCCCUCCCCCCCACUCCCUCCCCCCAACCCCCCCGCAGCCCUCGGCCUCCCCUCGCAGUUCCGCACACACCACGCGCUGCUCGUGCUGCACACGUGGCUGGCGCUCCUGCGUCUGCGCAAGGAGGGCGCGCAGGGGGCGGCGGUGGGGCAGACGUUCUACCACACGUUCAACCACGACGUGGAGCGGCGGGUGGUGGCGGCGGGGGUGAAAAUGCUCGUCAGCAAGUGGAUGCGCGAACUCGAGCGGAGUUUUUACGGUGCUGCUGCUGCUUAUGAUGCUGCUGUGGCGCCUGGCGCGAGUGCGGACGCCCUCCCCAAGGCUCUCUGGCGCAAUGUGUUUGCAGAAGACGCGUCUGACAUGCCCUCUGGCCCUGCAGCUGCUCCCGUGCAGGCUUUGACGCGUUACGUGCGGCUCGAGCUCGCCUCCCUUGCACUCACAG